GAAAUUUUACAAAUCGAAAAAAAUGAUAUUAAAAUUAUAAAGAAAAAUCUUUUUAAUAAACUUGAAUCACUCAGUGAUUUACAAUUAAUAGAAAAUAAUAUUAUGACAAUUGAAGAUAAGUCAUUUGAUAAUUUGCGUAAUAUUGAGACAAUAACUUUAACACUAAAUGAAUUUUCUAAUAAGUCAUUAUCUUCAAAAUUAUUAAUUAAUAAAAAUAAACUUGUAACAUUUCAUCUCAAUGAAAAUAGAAAAAAUUUAACAACACUGCCAAAUAAAUUUUUAGCAAAUUUGCAUGAACUUAAAGUUGUUUAUAUUAAUGAUAAUAAUUUAAUUUAUUUACCAGAAGAUUUAUUUUUAAAUUCAACUCCAAAAGAAUUGCAAGGAUCUUUUGUUGAGGGUUUAGAUUCAAGUUAUAUAAAUUGUCCAAUUGUUGAUAAUAAUAUUGUUAAUACUCCUGUUAACAAUGCUGCUAAUAGUUCUGUUAAUAAUCCUUCUAAUAAACCUAAUUAUAAUGCUGAUAAAUCUGUUAAUAACACUUCCAAUAAUAUUGCUAAUAAUAAUGAUGAUAAAAAUUCAGAUACAUCAUCAAACAAGUGGUUAAUUGGUAGUUGUAUAUUUUUAUCAGUAAUAAGUAUUUUAUGUUGUGUUGUAAUUGUUAUUUAUCAUUUUUAUCAUCAUGAAAUUAAAAUAUGGCUUUAUGAUAAAAAAUUGUGUUUAUGGUGGGUUACAGAAUAUGAAGUUGAAAAGAGUAAAAAUUAUGAUGCAUUUAUAAGUUAUUCAGAUAAGGAUAGAGAUUUUGUUAUUAACAAUUUAAUAAAUAAAUUAGAAAAUGGAGGUCAAUAUAAGUUGUGUGUACAUUAUCGUGAUUGGCCAGCUGGUGAAUGGAUACCUGAUCAAGUUAUACGUUCAGUUAUUAAUUCAAAAAGAACUGUUGUUAUAUUAUCUAAAAAUUUUUUAAGUAGUGAAUGGGCUAAAUUAGAAUUUCGUACAGCUUAUUGUCAUGCUAUGAAAAAUAAUAAAAAAAAAGUUAUUAUUGUUAUUUAUGGUGAUGUACCAUCUGCUGAUUUACUUGAUGAUGAAUUACGUGAGUAUUUGUAUAUGAAUACAUAUGUUAAAUGGGGUGAUCCAUGGUUUUGGCAAAAAUUAAAAUAUGCUCUUCCACAUUGUAGAUAG